AUAAUCCCAGUGGAAUGCUACACACAAUGAUGAAUAUCGUGCAAAUGACACAAUUGCUGACAUUGUCUUUCCGUAUGGCUGACCCUCAGUUUCCGGUAAUAGCCACUAUUUUCUGAGAAUCGCACAAAUUCCACGAGGUAUUAAAGGCUCGCGAGGGGCUCAAGAGAAUGGCUCACUGAGACAUUAGUGCAUAGACACAAGUAUUUUGGCAAUGGCAGUUGCUAGUCUGGAGCUGUCUUAUACCUAUUGCCUUGAUCAAGUAAAAGAGGCGUGCGACUUAAUUGAAAAAGGCGAAGCUAGCAAUGCGGCCUUCAUCCUCUGCUCCGUACGAGACGACGCUAAACUUAUCCAGAAGCAGUCCAAGACGUAUUACAAAGGUCUGCAGCGUCUUGAARCAGUACAACAGAAAAGAAUGGAGCAUCUUACAGAAAAGAUAAAUGACUUGUAUAAUGAAGAGGAGAGAUAUUCCAAGCAGGAAAGCGARCUUGGGAUUCAGAAACAGGUAUAUAUACAGGCUAGAGAAAGCGAAGAAGCAAGCAAAAUGGCUGCCGAGAGACGCUAUCGUGAUGCAGAGAGAGAAAAAGAAAAACACUUAAAGGAGCAAAGAGAAAGAGACGAAAAAGGAAAGAAUUUUUGGUGGGUUCCCGGUUAUAAUUUGUAUUUGGUAUUCGAAGACUUGAUCGAAGACAACAGACAGAAAGCGCGUGAUGCAAGCCGGGAAAUGGAAAAUCAUCAACGUAAGAUCAGGGAUUCUGAGAGAGAGAUAGACAAACUUUCAGAUAAGGAGGCGAAGGCUAGAAAUGAUAUAGAAGCGUGUAUAAAAAAACAAAGCGACGCCAAACAUGAGAGAAACAAUCUCCAUGACAAACUGGGCGCAACGAAGGAGAUGAUUGUCUUGGUGCUAAAGGCAGCAGAGUUUUGGGACGACAUCGCUUCGCUCUGCGACAGUGCCUCAAUGAAAUCGGAAAAUCUUGCAAGUGUAAUGCGUUCUGCGGCGUCGAAAAUGGAGAAUACAGUGAAAAUACUAAGAAGCAG